UUGUGUCAAUCCUGCCAGUCGAUUGGCCCGAAAGUUGGCCUGCAACAAUCAUGAAACCGGCCAGCUCCUCUUCCAAAGUCUUCCGGCUCACUGAAAUGCCCAUGCCGUAGAACACAGAGAGCCGCGCAUUCCAUCAUGUCCCUCGAAGCAUCCGUGACUAGUGAUUUCUUAUGGAAUCAAGGCGUGUUGCUCCAUACGGAUGAGUGCGUUGUCAGUGAUUCAACGUCCAUCGGAGUUUCGACGGAGCUUAAGUGACACCGGGCUGUAGUAACGGUACAAGACAUCGGACCAUGUUCGAUCACAGCCCCAGCAUUCUCGGAGCUGGAUGGCAUUGUCCUACGAUGAUCAUACCUGAGUGUUGUCACCCGUUUACCUCAUGGACAAUGAGGAAAACAAGUCGGGUUGAGGCUGUAUCGGAAGCGCGUCAUGACGGGCCGACCUUGAUGGCGAGGCUGUGGUCGCGCUGCAGUUGCCUCCGCCCUUGGCACAAAUGCACAAGGCGACCAGUAAAGUCUCCCAGAUGUCUAUCAGGAAUGUGGAAAAGGCGUAGAAUAAUUAUGCACUGGGCUUGCUCUUGCUUGGAACGAUGUUGCUUUUUUAACAGGCCGCCCCAUCUGCCAUGCCCCGCCGUUAGGGAAAAACGCCACGGGCCGAGGGUUGAGCCGAGCAGAUACUGUUGGGCGACAUGCCAUUCUCACGACACCGCAUUCCUCUGCAAUCCUCAGCUGACUCCCUCACCACCAUUCGCCCCGCAGUCAACGACACACUCUACCAAAGGCGGAAUCUGAAGCAUGGCCGGGCAAGGAGGAGACCAGCAAACGCGAUGCCGACUUCUUCCCCAAGUCCGCCAAAGGACAAGCGCCGCAGAUCCUCUGG